CCGGAACAAGUGCCUCAGCAGUACGUUUAAAGGCAAAAGGAGCUGCAGCGGCACUUCGUGGUAGUGAGUCAUCGAGUUCAGGGAGCUCUGGCUGGUCGCGUUUGUCACAGCCUUCAUCAGGGGCUCGAUCUCUGCGUCGAGCUUGUCAUAGUCGACACCCGGGCAGUACUGCCCAUGGUCGACGGGUGCAGCCACCUCGCCCAGCUGCUGCUCAUCAACUUCUCCAAGCUCUGCCCCAAACAUUCUUCCGCCUUGUAGCCUCGGGAAAAUAUCUGGCAGCUCUAAACUGGGAUCAGCCAACUCUUCAAACGGUGGCAGGGCUAGUAACCAAUCGAGAUCGCUUUCAGAUUCAGUGCCGGCUGCAGGCAACAAUAAGACCAGGGCGCGAAUCCACCACAUGUGUCCCAAACUCCGCCGCAGAAAAUCCCGGAAUGAUCUG